ACGCUAUAUAAGCCAAGUGCCCCCAUAGGGUUUUCCAGCGGCGGAACAAACCCGAACGCAUCCUGUGGAUCACACCUUCUCGUCUCCCACCUCUCCGCCGGCGGCCAACUCCAACCAUGGCGGACACGAAGGCCAGCGCGGCGGUCACCCUCCGCACCCGCAAGUUCAUGACCAACCGCCUCCUCUCCCGGAAGCAAUUCGUGCUUGAGGUGAUCCACCCCGGCAAGGCCAACGUCCCCAAGGCGGAGCUCAAGGAUAAGCUGGCCAAGAUGUACGACGUGAAGGACGCCAACUGCAUCUUCGUGUUCAAGUUCCGCACGCAUUUCGGGGGCGGCAAGUCCACUGGAUUCGGUCUCAUCUACGACAACCUCGAAGCAGCCAAGAAGUUCGAGCCCAAGUACCGCCUGAUCAGGAAUGGUCUUGCUACUAAGGUUGAAAAGUCUCGCAAGCAAAUUAAGGAGCGUAAGAACAGAUCUAAGAAGAUCCGUGGUGUCAAGAAGACCAAGGCUGAUGCCGGGAAGAAGAAGAAGUAAACAUUCAUUCACAUUAGAUCUACACUCUCGGCGGUUUAGUGGCGGCGGCAUCAUUAUGUCCUUAUUAGUUUUUUUCUCCUCCUCACUGAAGUGAGGUUUUUCUCGUUCCUGGAUGUGAACCUAGCUGGUUUGGAAUAACGCCUUUUGACAUUUACAUCCAUGCUUAGAGGUUAGAGCUAAAGUGUUCAUGAAAACUUUAACAAGGCAGCUUUCUCGUCCAAAUUAGUGUGUGAUAUGCAGUUUCUUUUGUUGUC